GAGGGCAGAAGUGCAGUAUCUUACAUUCGCCAUGAAAGCUCCGAAGAAGACUGAAAUGAUGCUGUCGGUAACCGCUGCAUGUUGAUAAUACAUGCAACCAUAAAUCAUAUUUUAAAGCUGUAAUGUUUAGCGUGGGUAAAGAAGUACAGAUCUGCAGUUCACCUUGAAGGCAGAAGUCGUUUCCUCAGAAAGGGUCAAUCCAAGCUAUGGCAACUGCACAGUCGGCUGUAACGUUUGCAGUGUGCGUCCUUAUGAUAACAGAGCUGAUACUUGCCAAGAAGGACUACUACGACAUACUGGGAGUGCCGAAAGAUGCCUCUGAACGACAGAUCAAAAAGGCUUUCCACAGGCUUGCAAUGAUAUACCACCCAGACAAGAACAAGAACCCGGACGCUGAGAUCAAGUUCAGAGAAAUAGCUGAAGCUUAUGAGACUUUAUCAGACGAAACCAGAAGAAGACAGUAUGAUCAGUUCGUUGACAACUCUGCAUAUUUCUCUGGGGAGUCGCAAAGCAGACACAGACAGGGUCCCCAUCAACCGUUCGCCUUCAAUUUCGAUGACAUUUUCAAGGAUUUUGACAUCCACAGCCAUAACAGGCAUGCCCGUCACAGAAGACAUGUUGAUGAACACUCCAGGUCCCACAAGGACCCCCACAGCCGCCAUAAGAGACACUUUCAGGGAAGUUUUGGAGCAGGUUUCUUUGAGGACUUGUUCGAUGAUGCAGAGAGGAUGUUUACCUUUGACAGACACACCAAACAGGCUGAAAGCAGGUUUCAUGGUGCAUCAAAACAACACUGUAGAACAGUGACACAACGCAGAGGAAACAUGGUAACCACUUACACAGACUGCACUGCAUCUUAAGAUGCUGUGUAUUAUUAAUCCUGAAAUAAGAUUGUCUUAAGGGGAAACAGCACUGUUGAAUGUGAAACGGAAGCCACUUGGCCUGAAUACUGUGAAGUUUAAACAGAUCAAACAUCCAGGCCUCAAAUGACUUACAGUAAAUACUCAGUUUACUUAGCUUAGAUUAAAUUUAAAUAAGCUAUGUUUUGUUUAAGCUAUCCCCUGUGUAUGUGCCCACUGACUUGUACAGUAUUGUAGUACUUUUUCACUUAUUGUUGAUGUAAACUGACAGGGAGCAUUUUGUCAGUAUUUUAAGCACCUCAUGAGAUGAGGGGUAUGUAAAUGUAACUUAUUACAUUGUAUGAGUGAUACAUGGAGUACCCAUAUGUAAGUUCAUCAGCAGUUCACCACUCCGCUUUGUUCUUUUGUACAACCUUUUGUUUCUAUUGUAAAGGUUUUGUUAUGGCCAGCUGUAGGAGGGAACAAUAGCAGUCAGUGGAUGCUUUGCUUCUGGUUGACAAAUGGUGAGCAAUUUCAACAAAGGUCUUUGACCCUCUAAAUGUUGACUUGUUAAACUGAUGUUUGUACCAAAUAUUUUUUUCCCCAUAUAUUCAUGCACUAAAUUUGCUAGUCACAUCUUUGGGAACUUCGCAUUUUUGGUGAAACCUCAACCAAAGUAACUAAAGCAUCAUUUUGAAUUGUGAAGUGGAAAAUAUUAGUUGGCAAGAAAUCUAGAUUGAUGUUAUACUUGAUUCAAAAAGUUUCAACACUGAAUUAUACUUGGUGAUCUUUUUUUCAAAAUGUAGAUUUACAUCAGAAUUACAAUGCUUUAAAUUUAACUACACAAAUCAUCAGAGGUAUGGUGACUUAAAUUGGUGGUUACAAAGUUUCCCAGUAGAAACACUGCUAGUACGUACAAUAAUCAAACGUAGACUGUUUGCAUUUUGAAAUGGCUUCUGACUUGUGCUGACCAGUUGGAAAUAAACAACACUGUUCAUACAA